GCGUGUGUGUGUGGGGAGAGAGGAAGCAGCGCGCGUGCGCCGUCGCGGGCUCCCGCCCCGUGAGCCGGCCGGGGCCGCGGGGUGGCAGCGGGUGCGAGAGCGCCGUGGGCCGCGACAAUGUUCCGAAAGGCCCGGCGAGUGAACGUGCGCAAGCGGAACGACUCGGAGGAGGAGGAGCGAGAGCGCGACGACGAGCAGGAGCCGCCGCCGCCGCCGCUGCUGCCGCUGCCGGGCGCGGGCGAGGAGCCGGGCGGCGGCGGCGGCGGCGGCGGCGGCGGCGGCGACCGGGCCCCCGGCGGGGAGUCGCUCCUGGGCCCGGGGCCGCCGCAGUCGCAGCCGCAGCCGCCACCGCCCGCCGCGCUCCCCGCGGGCCCCGCCGCCGAGGCUGGGGGCGGCUUCCCCGGCGGCGCCGAGCCCGGCAACGGGCUGAAGCCGCGUAAGAGGCCGCGCGAGAACAAAGAGGUGCCCAGGGCCAGUCUGCUGAGCUUCCAGGACGAGGAGGAAGAAAAUGAAGAAGUUUUCAAAGUGAAGAAAUCAAGUUACAGUAAAAAAAUAGUGAAGUUGCUUAAGAAAGAAUAUAAAGAAGAUCUUGAAAAGUCGAAGAUUAAGACAGAACUCAACUCCUCAGCCGACAAUGAGCCACCGCUGGACAAAAUGGGACAUGUUAAAGAUGCCAAUCCGGAGGACGGAGCUGUCAUCAGUGAACCCGGAGACGAGGAAAUGGAUAUGGAAAGCGAGAAGGAGGAAGAGAAACCAAAGGCUGGGGGUGCUUUUGCAAACGCUUUGUCUUCCCUGAAUGUUCUCAGGCCAGGAGAAAUUCCAGACGCCGCUUUUAUACACGCUGCGAGGAAGAAGCGACAGCUGGCCCGGGAACUAGGGGACUUCACCCCCCAUGACAGCGAGCCUGGUAAAGGGCGCCUGGUUCGAGAAGAUGAGAAUGACGCCAGUGAUGACGAAGAUGAUGACGAGAAGCGCCGCAUAGUCUUUUCUGUGAAAGAAAAAUCACAGCGACAGAAAAUUGCUGAGGAAAUAGGUAUUGAGGGGAGUGAUGAUGAUGCUUUGGUAACUGGAGAACAAGAUGAAGAGCUCAGUCGAUGGGAGCAGGAGCAGAUCCGGAAAGGAAUUAAUAUCCCUCAGGUUCAAGCAAGUCAGCCCACGGAAGUGAACAUGUACUACCCGAACACCUACCAGGCAAUGCCUUACGGUUCCUCCUAUGGCAUUCCUUAUAGUUACUCGGCCUAUGGAUCAUCUGAUGCCAAAUCUCAAAAAUCAGAUAAUACAGUCCCUUUCAAAACUCCCAGUAAUGAGAUGACUCCCGUUACUAUUGAUUUGGUAAAGAAACAGCUUAAAGACAGGUUGGACUCUAUGAAAGAAUUGCACAAAAGCAACCGCCAGCAGCAUGAGAAGCAUCUGCAAAGCCGAGUGGACUCGACCAGGGCUAUUGAAAGAUUAGAAGGGUCUUCUGGGGGUAUUGGUGAACGGUAUAAAUUUUUGCAAGAAAUGCGAGGGUAUGUCCAAGACUUGCUUGAGUGUUUCAGUGAAAAGGUGCCACUGAUUAAUGAACUUGAAUCAGCAAUACAUCAGCUGUACAAACAGCGCGCUUCCCGCCUUGUCCAAAGACGACAAGAUGAUAUUAAAGAUGAAUCUUCGGAGUUUUCAAGCCAUUCAAAUAAAGCUCUGAUGGCUCCCAAUCUUGAUUCCUUCGGACGAGAUCGGGCACUGUAUCAAGAGCAUGCAAAGCGUCGGAUUGCCGAACGGGAGGCCAGGAGGACUCGACGUAGACAAGCCAGAGAACAAACAGGGAAGAUGGCAGAUCACCUUGAAGGCCUUUCCAGUGACGACGAGGAAACUUCAACGGACAUUACAAAUUUUAAUUUGGAAAAAGAUCGCAUUUCAAAAGAGUCCAGCAAGGUGUUUGAAGAUGUCCUUGAGAGUUUCUAUUCGAUCGACUGUAUCAAGUCCCAGUUUGAAGCAUGGCGUUCAAAGUACUACACGUCCUACAAGGAUGCUUACAUUGGCCUUUGCUUGCCAAAGUUGUUCAACCCCCUCAUCCGGCUGCAGCUGCUCACGUGGACUCCUCUGGAGGCAAAGUGUCGAGACUUUGAGACUAUGCUGUGGUUUGAAUCGCUGCUAUUUUAUGGCUGUGAAGAACGAGAGCAAGAGAAAGAUGAUGUGGAUGUCGCACUGCUGCCGACCAUCGUGGAGAAGGUGAUUCUUCCGAAGCUCACAGUGAUAGCAGAGAAUAUGUGGGAUCCUUUUUCUACAACACAGACAUCAAGAAUGGUCGGGAUUACACUAAAAUUAAUAAAUGGAUAUCCUUCGGUAGUGAAUGCAGAAAACAAAAACACGCAGGUAUACCUGAAGGCGCUCCUAUUGAGAAUGAGAAGAACAUUAGAUGAUGAUGUCUUCAUGCCCUUAUAUCCCAAAAAUGUCUUGGAAAAUAAAAAUUCUGGGCCUUACUUGUUUUUUCAACGGCAAUUUUGGUCUUCAGUUAAGCUAUUAGGGAAUUUUCUUCAGUGGUGUGGCAUUUUCUCAAAUAAAACUCUACAGGAAUUAUCAAUAGAUGGCUUGCUAAACAGAUACAUUCUCAUGGCUUUCCAGAAUUCAGAAUAUGGAGAUGACAGCAUCAAAAAAGCCCAAAACGUAAUCAAUUGUUUCCCCAAGCAGUGGUUCGUGAAUUUGAAAGGAGAAAGGACUAUUUCUCAGUUAGAAAACUUCUGUCGAUACCUUGUACACUUAGCAGAUACAAUUUACAGAAAUAGCAUCGGGUGUUCUGAUGUGGAAAAAAGAAACGCAAGGGAAAACAUAAAGCAGAUAGUAAAACUCCUUGCAAGUGUUCGAGCGCUGGAUCAUGCCAUGUCUGUUGCAAGUGAACAUAAUGUGAAAGAAUUUAAGUCUUUGAUUGAAGGAAAAUAGAUCUGUGAGACUGAAAAAGCGUGUUUGCUUUAAUACACACCAUUCCCGAUGUAAAAAUUGUGUAUAUAUGUAAAGUUUCUUAAACUGUAAAUUAUUUCUUUUAAUACAAAGAACAUUAUUCACAUUCAAUACGGUGUCCCUAAAUGUGAUUUCUUCAGAAUGAAAGGAACGUAGAUUAUUUCUAGAGCGUCUGUGAAUGUUUUCCUUACUGCCUGGCAUAUUUGGUUUACAGAAGCCUUUUAUAUGGUCGUUCAGAUGAACCCUCAGUUAAUUGUUCUCUGUAAACAGUGUGCGCGGUGUAAAUUGUGUAAUUAUGCAUAUAUAUAAAUAUAUAUUUAUACCACCAUGGAGUUACUUUCA